AGAAGGCCAAGAUACUUUAAUGCUUCUACUCUUGGAAUAGGGAGAGCUGUGGUCUGGAAAAACUCUGGGCAUAAAUUCUGAGUUAAGACCUAGCCCAUACUGCCACUGCCCAGAUUAUCUUGGGAGGAAAUGCCUUCUUUGAAACACUCUAGUCUUCAGCCACGAUCUGGUGGGACCUAUGGGAUGGAAAGAGAUUAGAGGAGGCAGGCUGUUCAAUCUUUAAGCUAACAAUAGCAAGAGGUUUGUGAGUCUUUGAGAACUACUGGCCAAGGUCCUUUAGCUACAUUCCCUCACCCUUCUGAAGAUGGAGAAGAUUCUAUUUCUCUCCUUUAUCAGCUGCCUCAUUGGGGCAAAUCGGACGAAAAUCUUCAGACGUUGUGAACUGGCCCAAGAGAUGCAUAAAGCAGAGCUGGAUGGGUAUGAGGGCACUAGCUUAGAACUGAUGAGUAACUACAUCUUUCCCAGCAUUCUUUGUGUCAAGAAGAUUGUGUUGAGUUCUGGAGGAAUAGCCAACUGGAUGAAGUGGAGGAUACGCUGCCAGGAUCAGGACCUCUCCUACUGGCUAACAGGGUGUCACCUCUGGUUGGAGAUGUGCCCAAGCCUGCUUGAUAACAGAAUUAAGACACUUUUCCCCAUAAUUGUGGCCGAAGUAGAGACCUGGGAAUAAGGGAAUUCACAUCUGGGUUUCUUCUUCGAGAGGCCCUGCCUACCAUUUAGAAACCAGGAGACCCAGACCUAGAAACCUAGGGUGAUUUUUGUACAUUUAAAAAUAUUCAAUAAAGCAUACCAUGGGCAAAGU